GGCUUUAGGAUUUGGGACCAACGGGCUAGCAACCACCGUGGUUGCUAUUCUUUCCCAUGGGGCUCGUCCACAUAGAGUCUACCUCCUUAGCUCCAUGGCAAUGGUCAGUAUAAUUGUGUGUGCAAUCGCAUUCCAACAGGGUGAUGGCAGUAUUAACACCCCCCUUUUCAAGAUCUAUCUCACGCUCGUCACCGGCCUCGUCACAAUCACCCCCUUUUCCUUCAUUUACUUGAGGUUGGAAGAUAACAGCCGCAUGGCACGCUUCUUCACAGCCUACCUAGGAACGAGUCUAGGCUCUUGGACGCCUCCGUUCUAACUCGAUAGGCACAGGUACGGUGGUUUCGUCCUGACCGGCCUUGCCUUGUCAUACAUCCUUCCCCGGGACAGUCGUAUAUUCCCAGUCUACUUCAAGUUGUCAACUAUUAUCAGGUAUUUUCUG